AAAAAAAAGACACAUUUCUCUAAAACAUAAACACAUUUCACUUGUUUCCAUACACAUUCCAAUUUUCUUAAUGAUUUUCACAAAACUCUACACAAAAAUGCCCUUAUCAUAAUACUUCCCUUAUAGUUAUACUACAAAGCAUUUGUCAUGAUCAGAACAAAGUCUAGCCAUUGCACUCGGUGGAUGCCAUCUGCAUCGAUUGGUAAUCUUACUUUACUCUUUGUCAGACAGUACUGAAGCAUAAAUACGUGAUUCCACCGACUCUCAUAACACAUGCUGGUUCGCGCCUGCUGCAGUCCAUAAUUAUUGACAGGUUUGAUGUGCUCAGUGAGUGGAAAGUAUGGGAGAAUUGGAGUUGCACAGAGUGUGUGUGACUAACUCCCACCCUCAGGCCCAUCACUCUGUAAUGGAAAGAUUAAAAGCAGAGCACCAACCCCAAAAAAAAAAAAACAUCCUCUCUCUCUCUUUUUCUGUUUCUGUCUAUCUAGCUCGCCCUCUCCCUCCUAUACCUCUCUCCCGCCCGUAUACUAUAGUCCCCUCCCUCUCUCAUGUUAAAUAGAUUACAGAGGGUUCACUUAUUUAAAGACUUCGACAAAAGCUGUGCAUGCACAUUUUUGGGUCGGCUUAGAGCAAUUACACCCACUCAUUGUGAGCACCUAACUGGAGGAAUCUAAUUAUAACCUACCACAAAGCCAAGCCCAGCCUAUCGUCCACAGUCUAGAGUCUGGACCUCACAUUGCCUUCAACUAAAGAGUUCCCGAGAAGCUCCAGGACAACAUCAGCAGCAGCUGCAGCCCCGUCUGACCCAGCUGGAUCAUCUUACGCCGACUGCACCCUGCUUCGUUUCUUUCCAGAAGAAAGGAGCCUCACGGAGAGCUCCACACACUAGCUCCCAAGCUGUCUCUUCGACUGCUUCCCGCGAUUCUUAUGGACAAUGAGGAGGACGAUGAUGGGAACUUCACUAAGUGGAUGAGCAGUUACUGGGGGCACGGGGACGAGAUCUCUAAAGAAAGGAAGAGGAGUUUCAGGAGGCCCUCCCGCAAUAAAGCUGACCGCCGUGCCUCUUUGCCCAGCAUGUCUCAGCUAGAAGCCAUGCAGCUGAGCCAUCUCCAUGCUAACAACAUGGCCCCUCUCCCUGUCCACCUAAAGAGUCGUGAGGAGAAGGAGGCGCAUUCUCAUCCUCGUGCCCGCCGUGUGUCUUCAGACGAAAACAGCCGAACCAAAGUGGGGGGACCUGAAUGCCAUAUCACCACCAUUCCAGAGCUCUCCGAGUGCUUAGAGAAGAGGCUGCGUUUCCACAACCAGAAGGCGAUAUCAAUGGGUGAUUCAGAUAGCAUAUGUCUUAUUUGCCAUGAAGAACUACGGAAUGGAAGGGGUGGCAUCCAAGAGCUUAACUGCAGCCAUCAUUUUCAUGAAGAGACUGUGCUGACAAAAUGGCCGGAGCACCGCACACGUCCACGUAGCGGGAGUUCUGCACCUGCAUGUGAACGAGGGAAGGAGACACCGUUCUGCCCUGGACAAGAGGAAUACCGCUUGCCUCGUCGUCAACUCUCUUUACGUAGACAGCGUUGAUUGUUUCCAGUGUACCAAUAGUAGUUCAACUAAAUGGUAAUCACUCAGUGUAUUAUCAAAAACCACAGUAAAUUUGAAAUUGUUAAUUUUAGUUUGUGUAUAGCCUUACAAUACUUUUGCUUAAAAAGAACUUGGUGAUCUCUAGUUUGCAGGAAAUGUUGUCUUUUCCCCCUUUUUAAAAUCAGCAAAGCAAAGAAUUAGAUAGCAGUAUUUUUUAUUUCUUUUUUUUAUUUUCUCAUUCCAAGUCAUUUACAUUUGAUAAAUUAUAUAUAUUAUAUAUAAAUUAUAUAUAUUAUAUUACAAUUAAAAAUGUCUUAAGGACUUUUUGUCAUUUUUCUUUGGUAAGAAUGAUAUGAAACAUAUGGGUAUUUUAGUCUGUGUAUAGUGAACUGUCAAGCAAAUUUUGAAUUUCAGAGUUAAUAGCUAUUUUGGAUUAGAAAACCAAACUGUGAAUAUAUAAUGAUUAGGGCUAUAUUGGUAAAAUAUGGUAAUAUCCUGAAUUUGCAGGUCAUAUGUCAGGAUUUGCAGUUGUGAAGAUACAGUAGCUUGUUCAAAGCACAUGCUGGAAAUUAGCUGGUGGCUAAUCACGCCACUGUAAUGGAAAUCAAUGGUGGGCCACGGUUUUGCCCCUCGAAGGUCAACAGAUCUGUUUUUCAUGCAUGCCAUCAUGCCUCUGUUGUUGUACACUGCUCAGUAAAAUAAAAUGUUAUGGGUUAAGAUUUAUUUAUACACAAACUUUUGGCAAGUCUUUUCUUAUAGGGUGGAGAAGUAACAUUUAUUUUGUUUCCUUUAGCAUUUAUAUCACACACUGUCUUUUUUGUUUUAAUAAUGUGUAUUUGUCGAAGAAAAUUAAGCAUAUACACUCUUAAAAAUAAAGGUUACAAAGGUUUUUCCUUUGGGAACAGUUCUUAAAAUAAUAAUAAAAAAAUUCUUAGUGUGAAGAAUAUUUUAAUAUUCUGAAGAACCUUUUUCCACAAUAAAGAACCUUUUGUUCUUCAUAUAACCAGAUGCCAAGAACUUUUUUUGAGUGUAUAUGUAGAUCAAGGUUUUUAAGAUCAUGUAAACUUAUAUACAGUCUGAUAGUGUUUUGCUAACCUUACAGUUCUUUAAAAGCAAUAUUGUUUCAAUAUUUUUAGCAUGUGUAGAUGCAUGUUCCAGUCGUUUUUUCCAUUUUUAUGACCCUCCAUAAUUCGAAUUUCCUCUCUUACAGAGCAUUGAAAAAUGGCUUUGGCAGAGACAGUCAUGUCCCACCUGUUGAGUUCAUGUGAUCAUGCCUGAACCCUUUUACUCCAUAUUCUCCAUUUUCUAUGUCUGUUUGCUUCCUGUCACUGAUUUAGUAUGUUUAUAUGUAAAUAAAAAUGAAACAAGACCAUCAUCUCUGGGUGGAGGCAUAAGUUAAAGACUUGAAUUAAAUAGAGGAGAGUGUGUGUAGCAAUUCUGCAUGAUUAUAUGGUCUGUUACUUGCACACACUCCCUGAGAUAAGAGUUUUAGAUAUGCAUCUCAAAAGCCUCAGCUCUAUUCAUUCCUUACCCUCCUUUUCUGUCUUUCCUGCUUAUUUUCCUCUGUGGUAUCAUGAGGACAGGAUGUUUGGCUAGGCUAAAAACUGUGCAUGCUAAGUGUAUGACCACAGAGCCUUUUUGUUUUGUCUUUGUCAGUCUUUCCACUCAUGUAUUGCACAAAAUGCACAUCUGCAUUACCCAUUAACACAUGCCAAAUUGAAAGGCAGAGAAUUUUAGACUCUGUCCAUUGUAUUGUGAUGUUUCUGGUUAUCAGAAAUGUAAAUAUAAGUUUCAAAGUUGUAGAAUAUGUUGUUUGUACUAAAACCACACUUCUAAUUAAAUAUUCACAGAUGAAGAAAUACCUACAUUGUUGCAAAAUUUUUACAUAGUGCUAUUAUUUUGACAUUAUUGUUUCAUACGUGAUAUUACUGUUUUUACAGCACAUAUUGAAUUUAUAGAUUUGGUACCAGGAUGUUAUUUAGUUCAAUUACUAUGUGAGCGAGUGCCAACUGUGAAAUAAAUAAUGAACAUACAGUGAGAUGAGAUGAUGUUCUCUUCGUUGCCAGGCCAUCGAGUGACCGUGCCUUUGUGCACGUACCCAAACCCUGCCCUCGUUCCCGCCCUAUUGUAUAUUUAUAAAAGUAAAAAUAACAGUAAAAACCCAACUAAACUCUGUGAAGUAACUCUGUUCUUAAAAGACAGUUUGUCAGCAAAAUAUUAUUAAACAUUCAUACCAAAGCAUUAGUGAAACGUUGGUGUUUAACAAGCAAAAUAUCUUUUCUUGCAAAGUAGCCUACCUACGAGUACAUGAAACUGAAUUGUGGUCUUGAUUUGUCAAGGUUUUCAAAAUAUGUAAAAACAUAGCCAAAAAUAGGCUACACUAAUAAGUUUUUAAUAACUUAGUUUCACAAAUCACUGGGCUGAAAUUUCCCAUUAUUGUAGUGGAGUCUCAGUCUAGACUGCUGUGGUCGGAGAAGAAAUGCACACGUGGAAAAUAGACUAACUGUUGAUUGACAGGGGAUAUAACCAAUCAAAUUCGAAAACAAUGACGUCUUUUGGCUUCAUGGACGAAUCGUUGAUGGAAGGGGAGGUUCCCUUAAGAAGACGCUCUGAAAAAGAUAACCCCACAAAAUCUGGUUGCGAAACAGCUGGAAAAGUGGAAGACGAAGUUUAUACGUGAAUUCCUGAUGGGAAAAAAGUUAUGAUGGUCAAGAGGGACUAAAAGGAACCGUGUGAGGAUGUUUGAACAUGUUUAGUGAACUGUUACAGCAUCAAAUGCAGACACUCGAG